GUGCGCUCUGCGCAGUCGGCGCAGUCGCAAGGAUCGACCACCGAGGACCUGGACGCAGGGCAGCUGCGGAUUGGAACACGGAGGAAGCUGCCUCAGCAGCUGCCGUCAGGGAGGUUGCGGCCAGAGGUGCGAAACUGGCAGGCCCUCCGGACUCAACUGCUGGAUCGCGAUGAUCGCAUCUUCUCAGUUCCUUCACUUCACCAUGAUCCACGGCUGCAGCCGCGGGCAGAGCUGCCGCUGGGGGAAGAGUCGCCGGAGUCGGAGGACGAGGAUCCCAGCAACGAGGGCCACGACGAGAGUGCCGGCGAGGAGGAGGAGGCUCUACAGGCUUUUCUCCCAUCGCUAGUCUUUCGACGGUCAUUUGUUUGUGGUGCUCUCGUCGUCGGCCUUGCCAGAGUUUCCUAG